AUGCUGGACCACUUCACCAUCUUCACAAAGAAUGGCUUCGUUCUUUGGUCCAAGACAUUCAGUCCAGCUCUCAAUAGCGCAGAUGCAGCUACCAACCCAGUCAACUCACUCAUCAAGCAGGCAUUCCUCGAGCAGCGUACAGCUGACCAGAAGUUUGACAAAGAUGGGUACACACUUCGAUGGACGUUUGCCAACGAGCUCGACUUGACCUUCGUCGUCGUAUACCAACGCAUCUUGCAGCUUUCCUACAUUUACGAGCUUCUCGACACUGUCCGCUCUCUCUUCACCGACCUCUUCGCUCCCUUUGUUCGAACACUUGCUCUUUCCUCCAAGAGCGCGCUCGCAUCCGGAACCUCCAAGGCUGCCACAUUGUCUGAAAGCGCGCGGCUCGAGUUCAGCGCUGCACUCAAGGAAUGGGGCGACAUCUUCACCAAAACCUUGCGAAACCUUGAGAAGGCGGCAGCGCAGUCCAAGCGUAAAGGACUUCUCGGCGAAAAGAAGGGCGUCACCAACCAGGCACAGGCUGCGGCGGGCUCCGACAAGGAAAGUGGUCAGAACACCCCCAACUCGAUCAAAGAUGUCAAAGAAUCUGCAGACAUUGCAAAUAGUGUUGAAGCUCUCAAGAGCCGUCUCAAGCUCGAAGCCAGUCCAGCAGGCAGACGAGCUGUGCAUGGAAAGAAGAGCACCCCAGGUCUCUCUGCUUCAAACGGUGGCAGCGUUCCGGGAACACCAGGCCAUGCAAGCGGCACAGAAUCACCAGGUGGAAAGAAGGGCAAGGCCACGAAGGAAAUGCGCAAGUGGGACGGUAGCCGCAGUGUUAGCACACAACAAGUCGCAGCACUCGACUUUAGCGGAGCCACAGAGAAGGAUGCAGAGGCUGGUGCUGAUCUUGACAGUUGGAUUGACGAGAAGAGCAUGGGCAAAAAGCGAUCUGAUGGUGUCUACGAGAUCGCCGACGUUCUGGAAGAGGACGAAGACGACGAUGAAGAAGAGGAGGACGACGAGGAGGAGGAUGACACUAAAGACGGAGAUACUGCAGCUUCCGGAAAGUCGGCUGGUUUCCUUUCACGCAUCGGAUCUGCCUCCUCAUCUGGUGCUUCGUUCUUUUCCCGACUCACAGGAGCCAAGACACUCACCAAGGAAGACCUCGCGCCUGCGCUGUCCGCUAUGGCCUCCCAUCUUCAAAGCAAAAACGUUGCUGUUGACGUUGCACAACGUCUGUGCGACAGUGUUGAACGCAACUUGGUAGGCAAGAAUCUCGGCAGCUUCGGCUCCGUCAAGGCAGAAGUCAAGAAAGCCCUGGAAGAGGCUAUCACCCGCAUCCUUACUCCCAAGUCUAGCACCGACAUCCUCUUGGAGAUUGCCACCAAGCGUCAGCGUUCCGCUGCUGCCUCAUCCCUCGCGCUUGCCACCAAUGCAAAGGACAAGGAGCUGGCCAGCAAGCCCGAUCCUUAUUCGAUCAGCUUCGUUGGAGUCAAUGGCGUCGGUAAAUCCACCAACCUCGCCAAGGUCUGCUUCUGGCUGCUUCAAAACCGUUUGCGCGUUCUCAUCGCCGCUUGCGACACCUUUCGUGCCGGUGCCGUCGAACAGCUCCGCGUUCACGUUCGCAAUCUUGGCCAGCUGCGCGUAGACGGCGUUGCCCUGGAUGAACAAAAGGGCCGAGUCGAGCUGUACGAGCGUGGGUACGGCAAGGAUGCUGCCGGUAUCGCCAAAGAUGCUCUCACAUAUGCUAAGGCAGAAGGUUACGAUGUCGUGCUCAUCGACACCGCCGGUCGCAUGCAGGACAACGAGCCACUCAUGCGUGCCCUCGCCAAGCUUGUUUCGGUCAACCGACCAGACAAGAUCAUCUUUGUGGGCGAAGCGUUGGUGGGAAACGAGGCCGUUGACCAGAUCACAAAGUUCGACCGAGCUAUGAAAGAUUUCAGUGGUGUCAGCAACCCACGUGGGCUCGACGGCAGUCUGCUGACCAAGUGGGACACCGUUGACGACAAGGUUGGAACGGCUCUCACGACUACCUCGGCUACCGGACUGCCAAUCUACUUCCUAGGUACCGGUCAGACGUACACUGAUCUCCGACAGCUUCGUGUUCAUCAUGUUGUCAAUGCACUGCUCAAGAAUUGA